AUGAAGUCGACAUCUCUCAUCGUAGGCCUCAGUGCCGUUGCGACAGUGUUUGCUCUUCCCGAGUAUCUCAAGAGAGACGGCAACGACACCUGGGUGCCCCAGGAGUGGAUUGCCCCUGGGCCGGACGACUCUCGCGGUCCAUGCCCGGGACUCAACACUCUGGCCAACCACGGCUACUUGCCCCGCGAUGGUCGCAAGAUCACCCUUGAUUUCCUCAGAGACGCCAUGCUCAACGGCUUCAACAUUGCCCACAGCGAUGCGGAAGGCCUGUUUCCUCUGGCGCUCCAGACCAGCCCAGACUAUCCAAACACGGACACGUUUGACCUGGAGGAUCUAGGUCGCCACGAUAUCCUCGAGCACGAUAUCAGUCUCAGUCGUUCCGAUGCUUGGUUUGCAAGCCCCGACCCUUUCAACGAGACCGUCUGGGCCGAGACGACGUCGUAUUUCACGACCGACUUCAUCACCGUUCAGCAGCUCGCCGACGCCCGAAUGGGUCGUCUGGCCACAUCGCAGGCCACCAAUCCCAACUUUACCCUCUCUGGCCUGGCCGACGGCUUCAGCUGGGGCGAGUGUGCCUCCUUCUUUGAAAUCAUGGCCGAUGGCACUACGGGCACGGUCAACAAGACCUUUAUCGACUACUGGUUCCGCAACGAGCGAAUGCCCACUGAGAUCGGCUGGUCCCGUCGCCCGACUACUAUGCAGUCCUCUGAGCGCGAGUACUACACCAUGUUGUUGAUGCAGGCAGGUGGUGUCUUGCACUAG